AUGGACAUGAAAGAAAUUUUAAAGCCAUCUGCGAUUCUGAUUUGCUCUGCUGUAACCGACCGGAUAGUUGGAUAUGUCUUGCUGUCCUAUACUCGUCAAGAAGCCUGCAUGCGAAUAGCUGUGCAUCCUGAAUUCCAAGGGAAAGGAUUUGGCUCUCAAUUGCUUGGAGAAGCAAUAAAACUCGCCAGAGAAAGAAGGAUCUCUUCAAUUUUAUUAUACGUGGCUACAUUUAGAAUCGCAGCAAUUCAGCUGUAUACAAAGCACGGAUUUACCAAAGACAAGCUGUUAUCAAACUACUAUUGUUCAUCACCAAGCUCCACCACGCACAACGGCGAUGCAUAUGAAAUGCGGUUAACCCUUUCCAUCGAGUAG